AUGCCACCGUUUCGCAUCGUCAUUGUCGGAGGUGGCAUCGCGGGCUUCACGGCUGCUAUUGCUUUGCGUGGGAGCAACAGACAGAUCACAGUGCUGGAGCAGUCGAGUUUGAACAAGGAGAUUGGUGCAUUGAUUUCACUACAACCGAAUGCUUCGCGCAUUGUCGAGUCAAAAUGGUGCCUGAAAAAAGAACUACGUGGUGCCCGACAGAUGGUGGAUCAAGGUAUUCGCAUUUACAAUACAGAUGGGCAGCUUGUGAAAACUGUGCCAUUGUUGACAAAGACGGAGUACGGGGCAAACCGUCUCAUAUUCCAUCGGAGGGAUCUUCAUGAGACCCUCAAGGAAGCUGCUAUCUCGCCCGAGGGUCGUGGGGAUCCUGUCCUAGUGCGGACUGCAUCGCGGGUUGUCGACUGCAACCCAGAACAUGGAACAGUGACUCUAGAAGAUGGAGGUAUUGUGAGAGGUGACCUCAUCAUUGGGGCAGACGGGAUACAUAGUGUACUUCGCAAGCAUGUUCUAUACGAAGACCCUUUGCCCAUGCCGACUGGCCACUCAGCUUAUCGCCUUAUGAUACCAACGCAAGUCUUGGAAGAGCAUGAACCAUAUUUCUGCGAGAAAAUCAACCCGCGUGACCCUUUUACAUCGAUGAUGGUUGCUCAUAACUGUCGCUUAAUUAUGGGUCCCGGUAGACAAGGUGAAGUGUUUGGGAUUGUGGCUUUGGUGCCGGACGAUGAAAUGAGCGAGGAUCCUCAAGCAAAACAGUCUUGGGUCUCGGAAGGAGUCUUAAUGAAAAUGCUGGAGACUUUUGCCGAGUUCCCUAUCUGGGUGACUGACAUCUUCAAACACUCGGCAGACAUUGGGCUGUGGCAGCUACGUGAUCUUGAUCCGCUCAAGACGUGGCACCGUGGCCGAGUAAUUCUCAUUGGAGACGCUGCCCAUGCAAUGCUUCCUACCCAAGGUCAAGGGGCUAGCCAGGCAAUCGAGGACUCUGAAGCAUUGGGGGCUUUCUUUGAAGAUAUCGACCAGCCGCCGUCCCUAGAUAUACUUGAAAAGAUUCUAGAGGACGUGUUCCACACCCGUUAUUCUCGAGUGAGCUUAAUUCAAGCUCAUAGCCGGCAGGCAGCCAAGCCUGGGACAGCCAAGGGUGAUAAAACAAUCACUAUACCCCGCGACGCUCUCCACGGAGCAAGACACCCGGAGGCCACCGGUGUCCCCAUUGUGACAAGGCAUACGAACGCCCCGAUCAUCUUGUCCGCCAUCUGGAUUCCCCGAUGCCAGACAAAAGACAUUAUCUGUGUCCCAAGGACCACCGGAACGCAACAUUCGAACGAUUUGUCGCGGUCGCAACUUGGACCGCUGUGCUCACCGCUCGACCGUGACUAUGGAGAGCUCACGACGAUAACCACCACCCCGGAGUCAGGCCCAUCUGAAUUCAGCGUUCCGCGAGCAUCAGCCCAUUAUUCGGGGAGUAGCCACGACUCUAAACUAGGACAUUAUGAGCUAGGCAUGAAUCCCUUUUUAUCCCGAGAAGGGCUGCAGGUCCAUCCAGCCCUGAAUAGUUUUCCGGCCUUUUUUGAGCAAGUCAUGCAACCGAGUGUGGAAUUUGAUGGCGUACCACAAGGGACACAGCAGCCUCGCAGUGUAUUCGACUUCAUGCAGGACACUGACUUCACAUUUUCUGACUCGGAUUUGUUUGGGACGGACUUCAUCCCAGAUCUCGAUCGGAUUAUUGACACUCGGACGCCUUUCUCUACGCUUCAACAUACCCAAGACCCCGGGUUGGAUGCUGAUGAAUCAGCCAGACGACGUGUAGAAGCUUUUCAGCGUUCACUCUGGCUCUGGGUACCGGAAAAGAACCAGAAUGCGUUCAGCGAAGAGGGAAGGAUCCCACUGAGAGACAGCGAUCGUAUUCCACCCACCCACCAAACUCGGCUCGAGGCGCUGAAUAUACCCGGCAAACUAUCUGUGUGCGCACGCGAGAAUAUCUUGAAGCUUGUAAUCAGGACAGCGGGAUCACGACUCUCAGUCUCGUCGUUUCCGUCCGCGGAGUACUUAGACACUUUGAUCAAAAUCGGUAUCGACAAACGCACAGAAACGGAUGCAUGGAUUCAUCCAUAUACAUUUUUUGAUCAGCAGGCCCGACCCGAGCUUCUGACGGCUCUAGUGGCAGCGGGGUGUGUUUGCUGUGGAUUGCCGUCCUUUAACAAGACUGGUAUCAUUCUUCAGGAAAUCACGAGAGUUAGCUUGGCACAACUGGUGGAAAAUGACAAUAGCGUUCUCCGAGAUCUGCAGUACAUGCAAGCUUCGAUGUUGUGGCUCGACAUUGGUAUAUUCUGUGGCUAUAAACGAAAGAUGCAUAUUGCAGAAAGCUAUCUCCAGCCACUAUGCACGGCACUUCGACGCGCUGCUGUAUUUGAUCGCUCCACAUACUCUGUGAUCACGCCGUACUUGGUGGGCGACGACGAGGAAUCACUGCAAAAAGUAUGGCACGAAUGGGUGAGACAAGAGUCUCUGAAAAGAUUGGUGUAUCACCUGUUUGGACAUGAUAUUGAAGUCUCCUUGGCAAUGCAUCGCCCGGCAAUCAUUUCAUAUACCGAACUCACGCUGCCAUUUCCAGCUGCCCGGGAUUUGUGGCUGGCACCCACGGCCGCUGCAUGGAAGGACAUCUGGACGGCAAGGUAUCAUGCGGUGAAAACGACCGAGUUGAGUCUGAGAGGUCUAUUGUCAGACCCAUCGCUUAUCACGCAUGUUACGGUUGAGCAUGAUUGUGAAAUUAGCAGAUCUGCACUACUUCAUGGCUUGGCUAGUCAGGUAUGGGAAUUCCGACAGCAAAUGAUGCUCUCUCAGGGUCAUCAACCCGGGCCCCGUGCCACAACGCAGCUUUGGCUACAAAGUAGACAAGAAGACCUUUAUACUACCCUCAAAACUGUCCAGGCAGAAUCGCUCAACCCACCGGCUGUCACUACCCUACUACAGGAGUUCAUCAUGAUGUACUUGCACGUGGACGUAGAUGCCAUCCAACGAUUUGUAGGUAAGUUGGGAGAGCUGGAUGCACGUCGCGCAUAUCCUGGCCUGAGAGAUUGGAGUCGCACCAAGGGGGCUCGAACCAGCAUUUGGCAUGCAGGCCAAGUUCUCCGUGCCGCUCGCUCUGUGAGCGCAUACCAGCUGCGCGGGUUUGACUCACUUGCUAUUUACCACUCGGCCUUGGUCCUAUGGGUAUACGGUUUACUUCAAUGUGGCGAGACACGACGAUUAGAAAUGAGUACGCCAAUGAGCGAGACUGAUAGGGCGCCUUCAGUGGCAUUAGAUGGACCAGAAUACCAGGCCACAAGAGCAUUCUUAGGUCAUGACCAUGGUCGACCGGGCUUGACGAUGUACCAGCAUCGCAACGGGCAAGAAGGCGAGGCCGAAGUCUUUUGCGAACUAAGUAAGCCGCGCUCUAUCAUGGCGGUGGCGCGACAGGUAUUUGAGGGAAGUUGUCCUCGCUCAUUGCCGAACGAUAUCCUACCGCCUAUUAUCCAAAACCUCUGCAACCUCAUAGAGGAUCUAGGAAACCUGCCGUGA